UUGUGCUGCUGGCAGAAUACUAGUUUGUCUUUCAAAACAAUAUGGUCCAAAUUCUCAGACAUAGGUUAGAAAUGUAACGAACUAACUUGCUUUGUUUGUACUAGCUAGUCUUCUCAUGUGAACUGCAUACUUUAGAUGUAGCUAGCUUAGAAAAAUCAUGAUUUAGUUUGCAUUAAACAAAAGCUGCUUGCUAGCUGAUUAACUUUCUACCGAUCCGGUUUAACUAUAGUAACGUUAGCGAGUUGUAGAUUGUACGGAACUGUAUGGCUAGCUAGGCGCUUGGCUUUUGCUAUUAAGAAAAGCAACGACAGCUACAAAAGUUGUACUUUGACUGGUAAAUUCCGUUGUCUUGACAUGGCAAGCAACGCGAGGUAGCAUUGCAGAGAACGGCUCGACGUUGGACUAAACCAACGUCACUCCUGUGGAUCUGUCUGUAUGAUGAUCCCACAAGCCAGGUGUGUGAUGGGUUCCUGGCAGCCAGUUGCUAAUCUAAGGGACUAUGUUUCCCAGCAUCCUCCUGGGGUCACCUUCUUCCUCUGUGUGCUGACCCUUGCCCUCACCUUCCUAAGCCUCGGGUCAUACACGCACACACACCGCCUGCCCAAUCCAGACACGCAGGACUGGAACCACUUCCUGUCGUCGUUGGCCAACCUCCAGUUGUGUGCGAGAGCCAAUGGUACAGCAAUGGAGACAGUUUCCUCUCCUCCAUUUGCGAAAGAGGAGGUAUGUGGAACAGUAUUGCUGAACUCCACCCAGAGCCCACCAUCCAUCACACAGUUGUCCCUUUGGGUGCCACUGGCUGUGAUGGACAGCUCAGACAUCCAAUCCCUGAGCGACCUCUGCCUCCAUGGAACGUUAUUGGCCAGUCAGCUGGGACUCACAGGUAACGAGGCUGUAAACGUGACACUGAUGUUCUCCUCUCCAACUGUGGGGGGCAACUCGCACACCUGCCUUAUCGUCAGCGCACCUACACACAUCCUACCUCCGGCCCUGCUGCCACCUGUGUGCCCUGCCAAUGAAGGGACAUCCUCUCCUGUCAGAGCGAUUGCAAUGGAGAUAAGCAGCCAGAAGCCCUCAGCGUCACAGUCUUGCUACAGUCUACAGUACACACCUGAUCCUACACUCACCGCCAUGCUAACGCAGAAGGAGCUGGGUCUGGCGAGUAGGCAUCUGAUCCAGGUGAGUGUGUGUCUGCUGGGGGUGUGUGUGCUGCUCUGCUUCUCCGCCAGUCUCACACACUCACACGUACGGCGUUACCACAGCAACGGCCUGGAACUGCAAAGGGAGCCACUGAUUGACUCCUGAACCAGUCUCCACCACACCAUGCAGCUAGUACCCAGUAGAGAAGGAAGAAAGAAGGAGGAUGGUUCGAAUAAAGGACUCUUUCUGAGAGUCUGCUGCUUCUGCUGUUGGGAUCAGAGUUUGAUGGAGCAUCUCAUUUCAAACUGCUUAGCUGCUGUUGUUGAUCUCAACCCAUGCUCUGUCCACAAACAUUGUCCUCUGGUAGACUUUUGAUGUUCUACUCUGUCAUGUUAUGACUGCAGGGUGAAUGGGCACGUUAUUAAAUAUUUACAUUUUAUUUAAACAUGUUGCCACAUCCUAAGGUGGUUUUAUUCUGCUCAGGCCUCUUGGCACUUUCAUCCAUCUGAGCCGCCUGCAGCUGUUCAUCCCAGUCCAGCUCCUCUCUCUGGAGCGUCCUCCCCACCACUGUCAAGAAAAGUUGGAGUCACUGCCCAUCUUCUGCAGCAGGCUGAAAAACCAUCUCUUCAUACUGCACCUUGAUUCCAGUACUGUCUUCCCCAUCUUAUCACUUCUCCUACAAAGUUCACUUGUGUUGAAUCUUGCACAGUUUAUUAGUUUAAUGAAUUACAGCACUUUUUGUACAUAGUCCCCCCCCCAUUUUAGGGGACUUGUGUACUAAAAUAGUCAAAUUCACUUGUGUACUAAAAUAGUCAAGUUUAGUAUUUGUUCCCAAAUUCCUAGCAUGCAAUGAUUACAUCAAGCUUGUUAUUUCAUGUCCAAUAGAAAAGAAUGGUAAAUCACGUAUUGUCAUUUGAGUCACUUAUUGUAAAUAAGAAUGGAAUACGUUUUCCUAAACAUUUCUACAUUAAUGUGGAUGCUACCAUGAUUAUGGAUAGUCUUGAAUGAAUCGUGAAUAUCAUA